GGCAGUUGUUGAGUCGAGCAGUUGUGAAUUUUGGAGAACAAUCUUCAACUGUUCCAUAAUGAAGGUUUGCGUAACGUUUUGCUUUCUGGCGUUAGCCGUUUCAUCGGCUACAGCUAUCCGCCCAAGAACAGCCCCAUCGGAGAGGGAGGAUAGUGCGCAACAUCCACAUCUGCGCACACUAUUCGAUUACUCCGCCACGGAUGAUGAACUGCAAACUGAGUUCUGGCACGAUAAGGCGCAAUCCAUACUUUCCGAAAAAUUGACCAUUCAUAAGCAGCUGAAUGAGAACACUGCCAAGAACAUUAUUUUGUUUCUGGGCGAUGGCAUGUCCGUGCACACGAUUGCUGCCACCCGUGCCUUCAUGGGUGACAGUAACAAGCAAGUCUUCUUCGAAAAGUUCCCCUACACGGGGCUAUCCAAGACCUAUGCCGUCGACGAGCGUACUCCGGACUCGGCAAGUACGGCGACCGCUUAUUUAACGGGUGUGAAGGGUAAUUACGGAACGAUCGGUGUGAACGCCAAAGUACAGCGUCGUAACUGUUUCGCCGCAAUCGACAAGAGCACGCACACUGAAAGCAUUGCUAAGUGGGCGCAGGAUGCGGGUAAAUGGGCGGGUCUGGUGUCCACGGCUCGUGUUACCCACGCCUCACCAGCUGGCGUUUAUGCGCACACCGCAGAUCGUGAUUGGGAGUACGAUGCCCCGAUUACCAAGGAUGGAUGCAGUGCCGAUGAAAACCUGGACAUAGCACGCCAGCUGGUUGAGUCCCCUGUGGGCAAGGACCUGCGUGUGGUGCUGGGUGGCGGACGUGCCUAUUUCCGUGGUCGGGAAAGCCAUGACGAAGAAGGAAUAUUGGGCGAGCGUGAGGAUGGCCGGGACUUGAUUGCGGACUGGGUUAACGACAAGGCUGAUAAGAACGCCCAUUAUGUAUGGUCUCGCAAAGGUCUAAACGAUCUGGACUUAAGCAAGACAGACUACCUGCUCGGUCUUUUCGAUCCCUCCCAUUGUCCCUAUCACGGCGAUCGUCAUCGCAAAAACUUAGACUAUGCCGAUCCCUCUCUUUCCGAAAUGACCGCGGCUGCUAUCAAAGUGUUGAGUCGCAACGACCAGGGCUACUUUUUGUUCGUAGAGAGUGGACGUAUCGAUAUGGCCCACCAUAGCGCUCAAGCACGCAAGGCCCUCGAGGAGACAGAUGAGUUUGCUAAUGCGAUCGAGUUGGCUCGUGGCAUGACCAAUGAAAAGGACACUCUAAUUGUUGUGACAUCGGAUCACUCGCACACCAUGACCAUAAAUGGUUACCCGUACCGUCGCCAAAACAUUCUCUCCCUGGCGCCUAAUCUAGCCGAUGAUCAGCUGCCAUUUACCAUUCUCUCAUAUGCAAAUGGUCCUGGCUACGCGCAGACCUUCUCCUCUGAAACUGGUCGCAUCGAUUUGACAGGUGUUGACACCACAGAUCCUGAGUUCCAAUUCCAGUCGACCGUGCCCCUUAGUUCCGAGACUCAUGGCGGUGAGGAUGUUGGUGUCUUUGCCUCGGGCCCCUUCGAGCAUUUCUUCGCCGGCAACUAUGAGCAGACCGCAAUUCCUGCCCUUAUGGCCUAUGCUGCCAAUAUUGGGCCAUUUGCCCAGGAUAAGCUCAAUGAAUAAAAUAAAUACCUAACUAUUAAUAAUCAAGCAAGA